CCUUUCUCUCCGUCUCCCUCGUCCCUACACCUCCAGUCUGCUUCUGUUGUCUCGGCGGAUUGUUGGGCUGUGGGAGAGAAAGGAUAUCGCGAGUAUUGGAGUUUUGGUGAGAGUUUGUGGAAGAUGGCGCCUGUUGUGACAGGGAAGUUCGGGGAGCGCCCUCAGCCACUGCGCCUAACAAGAGAAGCGAUGAGGAAUUACCUGAAGGAGCGAGGUGACCAAACUGUCAUGAUCCUGCACGCAAAAGUUGCACAGAAAUCCUACGGCAAUGAGAAAAGGUUCUUCUGCCCUCCUCCCUGUGUUUACCUGAUGGGCAGUGGCUGGAAGAAAAAGAAGGAGCAGAUGGAGCGGGACGGCUGCUCCGAGCAGGAGUCGCAGCCCUGUGCCUUCAUCGGCAUCGGCAACAGCGACCAAGAAAUGCAGCAGCUUAACUUAGAGGGAAAGAAUUAUUGCACAGCCAAAACCUUGUACAUAUCCGACUCCGACAAGAGAAAGCACUUCAUGUUGUCUGUCAAGAUGUUCUACGGCAACAGCGCUGACAUCGGUGUCUUCCUCAGCAAGAGGAUCAAAGUCAUCUCCAAGCCCUCCAAAAAGAAGCAGUCGCUCAAAAACGCUGACUUGUGCAUCGCAUCAGGGACCAAGGUGGCACUGUUCAACCGGCUUCGGUCCCAAACAGUCAGCACGCGCUACCUACACGUGGAGGGCGGCAACUUUCACGCCAGCUCCCAGCAGUGGGGCGCCUUUUACAUCCACCUGUUGGAUGACGAGGAGUCAGAAGGAGAAGAGUUCACUGUGAGAGACGGUUACAUCCACUACGGCCAGACAGUCAAACUGGUUUGCUCUGUCACUGGCAUGGCCCUGCCCAGACUGAUCAUCCGUAAAGUGGACAAGCAGACGGCGCUGCUCGACGCUGACGACCCCGUCUCCCAGCUCCACAAGUGUGCCUUCUACCUGAAGGACACAGAACGCAUGUACCUGUGCCUUUCCCAAGAAAGGAUCAUCCAGUUUCAAGCCACUCCAUGCCCAAAGGAACCAAACAAGGAGAUGAUCAACGACGGCGCCUCCUGGACAAUCAUCAGCACAGACAAGGCUGAAUACACUUUCUACGAGGGCAUGGGCCCUGUCCACUCGCCUGUCACCCCCGUGCCUGUGGUAGAGAGCUUACAGCUAAACGGUGGAGGCGACGUCGCCAUGCUGGAGCUGACAGGACAGAACUUCACUCCAAAUCUGCGGGUCUGGUUCGGAGACGUUGAGGCCGAGACCAUGUACAGGUGUGCGGAGAGCAUGCUGUGCGUGGUGCCCGACAUCUCCGCCUUCCGCGAGGGCUGGCGCUGGGUGCGGCAGCCCGUCCAGGUGCCCGUCACGCUGGUUAGGAACGACGGCAUCAUCUAUUCCACCACACUGACCUUCACCUACACGCCGGAGCCCGGGCCGCGGCCACACUGCAGCGCUGCCGGGGCCAUCCUGCGGGCCGGGAACGCCAGCCUGCUCAGCAACAACAGCCAGGAGGCCGGCGCCGGCGUCUACGGCCCCAACAGCACCUCCAGCGCGGGAGUCACAUCCUCAUCCUCCACCGCCGCAGCCGUGGUCUCCUAACGCACACAGGGGGCCACUCAAUACGUAUAUGCCUUGAGAGCAGAUGUACCACAAGGUAUAUAAAGACUAUGGGAAAUAAUAAACAAAGACUGACUCACUCUAAAGUGCUGCGUAAUUUUGGAUACAAAGAAGCUGAAAUGGAAAAAAAAAAAAAAAAUUCGGUGGGAGAAACGGAGCAGGGGAAAUCUGAAGGAGGAGUGACAUCACAAGCGGACGGGAAUAAGUGCUCCUUGACACGCCCCCCCCUCUCCUGUGGUUACUUUAGGGACCUGCCUAUCCAGUUCUGGUGUUUGGAAUGAGUGAAGUUCCUGCAGGCUCAGAGCACCAGCACCUUUCUACGGCUGCGAGAAACCACAACAACAAUACAUCCACAAAAUAAAAAAAUCUCCUCAAAGUAUAUUUUUGCGCCGCCCUGCUCCCCUUCCUCCUCCUCCUCCUCCUCCCCCUCCCCCCUUCCCUCCCACCACUUGUUUUAUAAUUAUUCCUUUUGUGUUAUUUUGCAUUGAUUUGUGGUUUCCUAAAGGGGGCUGGAUGUAUUGUUGUUGGAGGGAGGAUGCAGAGGGACACACAUAAAAAACGUGACGAUAACAUAGUUUUUAUGGACCAAGGAUCUUGUAUAAGCUUUAGUAAAGGUACAUUUUUCUCCAUACCUUUUUUGUAUUAAACAUAUAGUACACUUUUGUUACCAAAUAGUUUCUAUUCUUCCUCUGAGCUUGGGCUUUGUUUUCCCCCCUUUGAGGUCCAAAAUCCCAACCUGUAUGUUAUUACGACCUUACAACAAACAAACGCCUGCUUUUUCAAUCUUUGGAUUGAUUUUUUUUUUUUUUUUUUUUUUAUACUCUUGCUUCUUCUGUCGGGAAAAAAAUCUGAAGUCUGGGUUGUUUAUUUACAUAAGCGAAGGUUGUUUUUGUUUUGUUUUGUUUUUUUUAAAUUGGGGAAUAACCUCAGAGGGCCUAUGUUUUAUCAUUGGUUUUUAUGAAGUCUUUAAAAAGAAAAGCUUUAAGCAACGCCUCUGCCUUGCCUGCAAUACUCUAUGUGCGCUAUGUCUCCUUCAGAAAGUAUACACAUCAGUACAUCUCACAUGGAGCCAUAGCAACACUUUGCAGAAUACGUGAAAAACUAGACUUCCACGGUUACGAGAAACGAGUCAAACUAAUGUAACAAAGCGUAGUCGUUGAUUUCAAAGGAUAGCCUUAGUACUGUAUAUUCUUACUGUGUACACAGUCAAACCGCUCACAUAUCUAAUAUCCUGUAUCUGUUGCUCUAUCAGUCACUGUUAACGUAUCUACGGCUACGUUCACAUCAUGGGGCUCAGCGCUCAAGUCCGAUUGUCUCUCCAUAUCCGAUUUAUCUGCCUGGACUGUUCACAUUCAUGUGCGUUGGACAAAAAACGUCACAUUUGCAAAACGUAGACGUGAAGGCUUACUUUCCCAAAGGAUUACCGCAGCAGGAACAUCUGAUGAUGUCAUUCAGCAUGCUGAUUAGCCAGUUGCUUCUGUUUGGGAGAGUGUGGAGUAGUUUUGGAGCAACGCCCAUUUGUUUUCAGAAUACCAGGCUGUCGUACAAAUCGGCUUUCGGUCCGCUAGCUCUGUUAGCAAAUCUGUGGAGAGUCAGAAGUGUCGGGUCAAGAUAGGAACAGUUCUUCCAAACCCAAACAGCCACUUUUAGGGGCUGAAAAAAAUAGGCUAAUGCCAAAACUGCAGUUCCUCUAAUGACCACUAGAGGCUGGCUCCAAAGUCAGUUAAUCCCCAUAGACCCCCGUGUUAAAAUGAACAACUUUACAUCAGAAAUAAACGUGUUUACAGCCUGGUACAAAAACAGUUUUGGGCUUUAUAGCUAAUUUUAACAUUCGUGACAACUGUAUGGGUGUUUGUUUAAGGGCGUGGCCGUUAUCAGUGAUUGACUGUCUGCUGAUAACGUCCUUGGCUUCUCAGUCAGAUCCAGCCCUUGCUCUUCCAUGUUAACGUCCAUGCCGCUGGUUCCAAAAAUUCAAGAUGGCAAUGGCUACAUGCCAAACUGGAGGCUUCAGACGGGCACUCUACAAACCACUGGGUGAUGAUAUGGUAGCUACAGCCAAAAUGAGUUCCUCCGUGGGGUGUCUGGGUUCAGCCUUAGAGAUAUAGGGUAAGGAACUCGGACAUCUUGAGGGAGCUCGGAGUAGAGCCGCUGCUCCUUCGUGUUGAAAGGGGUCAGUUGAGGUGGUUUGGGCAUCUGAUCAGGAUGCCUCCUGGGCGAAGGCUAAAGGUG